UUGUAAAUUACUUACCUUCAUGUAUUUCUUCAUUUACAUAAAACGUUUUCGAAGUUUUACAUUCUUAUAGUUUUAAACUUUAAAUAAAAAACAUGGCCGAGGAACUAAUGAACCGAUUAAUUAAUGCUGUUGAUAAUCUAAGAGAGGGAAGUCAACUCCGAAAUCAAAAUAACAACAAUAACAAUCAAGAGUUAAGAGGUAAUGGACAGACCAUAGAAAAUACAAUGAGGCGCCUCUAUCCAAGCACUGAUUCUGACCGGAGCUAUGUACCUAGUGUUAGAAACUUCGAGCCAUCGACCAACUAUCGACCGAAGAAAGGAAAGAAGAACCUGGGUAAAAAGAGAAAGCAGAUCGAUAAUUCUGCUGAUAAAGGGAAUUCCAACAAAGAAAAACCUGUUUUGCGCGAUGUGAUUCUUUUGCCAUCGCCGAAAAUCGUUGAUGUGCCACGUGGGUUGAAGCGGGAGAAAUUGUAUACGCAAGGAUGUUGUAUUUCUGCUUUUGAAAUCUGCGAUAGCCACUCUGAAAAGGAAAUCAGAAAUAAAAUGAUCACUGCAUUUGGUGAAAAGUUGAAAGGUUUGCCAGAUCCAAAAUUCAAAUUUGUUAGAGCAGUUGGAAACAAAAUAGUUGAUCCCUCGUGUGAAACAUACACCGGAAAAGUCUUAAAAUACUUAAACAAGCAGGGACCAAUAUAUGUUCGUGCUGUGUCAGCAAUUUUUCAAGAGGACUUGAGCAAUCCGUGGAGCGAUGAUGACUCAAGUAUUGCAGACCAAGUGGAGGAUUUGCCAUUGGAAAGUAGUGAUGACGAAGUUCUGCUUGUGCAUGCAUUCCAACAGAGUAAGAAAGAUAACACUAAGGCUAAAGUUCAUGAUAGUGACCAAGGUGAAGCAAGUACCUCUGGUGUCACCGCAAAAAAAAGCAAGUGCCCCACAUGCUACAGAAGUUUCCCUUUAACUGAGAUUGCAGAACAUGCUGACACUUGUGCAGAAUUAGCAGAUGGCUUUUCCUCCAGCAGGCAAACAUAUGGAGAUUUACUAAUGGAAUUUCCAUGUGAUGACAUUAUUGAUGUGGAUGCAGAAACAAGUUGUGUUGCUGAAGAAGUGCCAAAGAAUGAUCAAAUUAAUCUUCAGGAGUGUUUAGAAGCUCUCCAGAAGAAUAUUCAUGAAGCAAGAAGUACCAUAUAUGUUCGUCGCAAACUGCUAUGGGAAGAUUAUGUAGAUGCUAACAAUCACAACAAGUGGUUUAAUCCUCAAAAUUCUCUCAAGGUCAACUUCAUUGGGGAGAAGGCUGUGGAUGGUGGAGGACCGAAACGAGAAUUUUUUUGCGAAACCAUGAAACAAAUGGAAAUUCGCUUGUUCAGUGAUGGAAUUCCAGUUAAAAGCACAAUGGCUCUAACUGAGGGACACUUCAAAGUUGCAGGUCUACUGAUGGCCUCAAGUGUUCUGCAAGGUGGUCCAGCUCCUAACUUUUUAGCCAAUUGGGUGUAUCAGUUUAUUUCAGGUGGCCUUGAUGCAGUGACCAUUCAAGUCAAUGAUGUAAAAAGAGAUUCUCUUAAAGUUGCAGUAGAAAAGAUUGCAAUUGCCACAUCUGAUAGUGAGCUGCAAGAAAUUCUGCUCGGAGAUGAAGUGAUGGCUGAGUUAGAUGGAAUAGGUUAUAGAAGAAUUCCAACCAGAGAAAGUGUUAAGAACAAGGAAAAUCUAAUAAGAUGCAUUUGUGUGAAUGAGGCUGUGGUCCCAAAGAUACCAAUGCUUAACCAAUUAGGAGAAGGUUUGGAACAGUAUGGGCUGUUACAUGAAAUUCGAAAAUACCCAGAAUUAUUCAAACCAAUAUUUACAGCAAAUAGCAGCUUUGAUAUCACAGCUGAUGACCUCAUCCAGCGAUUAGUUGUACAUUUUAGUGAACAACAGCUUUUGAAAUCAAAAGAACAGGACAUAUUCAAAUACUUUACAGAUUUCAUCCAGACUUUGUACUAUGAAGGUAUAUGUGAGGCUCCAGACUUGAAACUGAAGGAUGUGUUGAAAUUUAUUACUGGUUGUGAAUCUAUUCCACCCAUUGGUUUUCCUUGCUCUCUUAAUGUCCAUUUCAGGCAUGAUUGCCCCAGUGGUUGCAAGUGUAGACCAACAGCAUCUACUUGUGCUUUGGUGAUAAUACUACCAAUUCAUUCAUGCUCAUCUCAAGAACUUGGUGACCUUCUUAUCUCUGCCCUGUGCGACUGUUGUGGCUUUGGAAAUCUUUAGAUUCCUGCUGAAUUGCAAUCUAACUUUAUUAACAGCUGGCUUGAAAAUUGUAACAAGAAUAAUAAAAGCAUGACAUUUGGCAAAUUUUUGGGGAGCUGGCAAAAUAGCAUUGUUCUAAAUG